UGCGCGCUGGGCCGGCUGCGGUGAUGCUGCUGCGGAGGGCGGCCGGGGCCUGCCGGGCGGUGACCGGUGCCGCCCGCGGCCCGGGCCCGGUCCACCUCGCCCUCCCCGGCCUUCCUCGGCGUUCCUGCGCCCGGAUCCCAGCCCACCCGGGCUGCAGAGAGUUCGGAAGAGACCAUGGGGAGGAGGGCGCCGGGGCGUCGGACCUCCGCGGGGACCCCCCUCCCGACCUCCAGCCCCCGACCACCUGCUGCAUGAGCGGCUGCCCCAACUGCGUGUGGGUGGACUACGCCGAGACGCUGCUGCGCCACUACCAGGACGGGGGCGAGCGCGCCCUGGCCGCGCUGGACAGCCACGUGACCGACGAGAACCUCAAGGCCUUCAUCCGCAUGGAGAUCCAGCUCCGGGCCAGGGCUGGCCGCUGAGCCAGCCCCGCGGGGUGGGCGCACUGCUGUACCCGGAAUAAACCGGCUCCCCGGAAGCACGGGCCGCGUCCGC